AUGCACUUCAACGCUGCUCUGGCCGUUCUGGCGGCCUCCAAGGUUGUCCUGGCUGCUCCUGCAGCUGAUGAGGUUCAUGUUAACCCUGCACUCCGAUUGAUCAAGACGUCCGAAGCCGAUCUCGGUACUUGGGUCACGGAAGAGGAAAAGAUCGAGAACUACGUCAACAAAAACGUUGGUUUCAUUGACAUCACCGACAUCACCUCUGCCAUCGAGGCCAGACAAGCCGUCACGUACCCCACCACGCUGACCCACGUUACCGAGGCCAAUUCGUUGAUUGCCAAGGUUUCCAACACUCAGCCUCAGUCUUGGCUCAAGACGUUGACCGACUUUUAUAACCGCUACUAUCGUUCCACCUAUGGUACACAGUCUGCCACCUGGUUGUUCAACCAGGUCAAGUCUGUUGCUGCGGCCAACUCUGCCAUCACCGUUACGCAAUUCACCCAUUCGUUCAACCAACCUUCUAUCAUUGCUAAGAUUCCUGGAACCAGCUCCAACUUGGUGAUUGUUGGUGCUCACUUCGACUCCACCGGCGGUUCUUCCACCGCCCGCGGCCCGGGUGCUGACGAUAACGGCUCCGGUGUUGUCGUAGUCCUUGAGGCUCUACGCGUCCUCGCCAAUGCUGGAUUCAAGCCCAAGAAUACUCUCGAGUUCCACUUCUACGCCGGCGAGGAGGGCGGCCUGCUCGGCUCGCAGGCUGUCUUCUCCAACUACAAGUCUGCAGGCAAGAAGGUGCUCGGCUUUGUCAACCAAGACAUGGCCGGUUACUCGCCCUCUGGCAAAGUCUCCGUAUACAACGAUUACGUUGACACUGCUCUGACCAACUACGUCCGACUUGUCGCCACCCAGUACACUGGCAGCUCACCGACUAGCGACACCUGUGGAUACGGAUGCUCUGACCACGCCAGUGCUCGCUCCAACGGCUUCCCUGCUGCCUAUGUCUGCGACGAGCCUAUUGACACUUCAACCCCUUACAUCCACAGCCCCAAUGACAGCUACGACACCAUUCAAUGGCCUGCCGUCCUCCGUCACUCCAAAUUUACCGUUGGCUUUUUGGUAGAGGCCUCAUACUUGUAG